AUGUGUAAAUGUAGUAAAAGAGUAAGAUGUUAUUGGACCAUCCUAGUUAUUUUGUUACUUUUUGCCCUAUCUUAUGGGAUUAUUGCUCCACUUGCAAAUGAUUGUGCUAAUUAUCAAGGCAAUUAUUACAAUCAUAACUUCUAUUAUGCUACUCCUCCCAUCAAUUGUUUUUUCCAAGCAUAUGCUCCUGCUAUGUUUUUUGCUAUACUUUGUAUUUUAAUUAUGAUUAUUUACGGCUUGAUUGUGAUUAUUAAGAAACGAAAAACACAAAUUCAACAGGGAGUAACAGAUGAUAAUAAUGAUAACCAAGCUCAUGAAGUUAUCAUUGAAGAAAAAGAAGCAGAUUUAGAGAAGGACAUUAGAAUGCUUGAAAAACAGAAAAGAAUCGCUGAAUUAAAAAAAGAAAUAAAGGACUUAGAAACAGUUCAUGUGGCAGAUCCAGAAAGUAUAACGGCUAAUUCUACCUAA